CCUCUCUCCCGCCCUCCCUUUAAGAGCCUGCCCACAAUGCCUUGCAAAAUGCAACGUAGCCGGAAGAUGGCGGCGGCGGUGUAGAUGUGAGGACCACGGCUACCUAGGAUCCUCCAGCGACUCUUCGCCUUCUUUGGCCCCGGCGGCAGCGGAGACUCUGACCCCUCCUGCCCCAGCCCUCAUCCCCGCCGAGCCCUCUUGCCGCCUUCGAUUUCUCCAGAAUCAUGGCAAGUCCAAGAACAAGGAAGGUUCUUAAAGAAGUCAGAGCACAAGAUGAAAACAAUGUCUGUUUUGAGUGUGGUGCAUUCAAUCCCCAGUGGGUGAGUGUGACCUAUGGAAUUUGGAUCUGCCUGGAAUGCUCAGGGAAGCAUCGAGGCCUAGGAGUUCAUCUCAGCUUUGUGCGCUCUGUUACCAUGGACAAAUGGAAGGACAUUGAGCUUGAGAAGAUGAAGGCAGGGGGAAAUGCCAGAUUUCGAGAAUUUCUAGAAUCCCAAGAAGAUUAUGAUCCCAGUUGGUCAAUGCAGCAGAAAUACAACAGCAAAGCUGCAGCCCUUUUUAGAGACAAGGUAGCUACAUUAGCUGAAGGAAAAGAAUGGUCACUUGAAACAUCUUCUGCUCAAAAUUGGACUCCACCUCAGCCUAAAAUGGCUUUAUCCUCAGCUCACCGUACUUCUGGCCAAUCUCAGAACACAACUGCCUCUUCAGACAAAGCUUUUGAAGAUUGGUUGAAUGAUGAUAUCAACUCAUACCAAGGAGGCCAAGAGAAUCGCUAUGUUGGGUUUGGUAACACAGUACCUCCUCAGAAAAAAGAUGAUGACUUCCUCAAUAACGCCAUGUCAUCACUCUAUUCGGGCUGGAGCAGCUUUACAACUGGAGCAAGCAAGUUUGCUUCAGCAGCUAAAGAAGGUGCUACAAAAUUUGGAUCCCAAGCAAGUCAAAAGUUUUGGGGCUACAAGCAGCAACCAGAGCCGGCUUCAGAGUUAGGUCACAGUUUAAAUGAAAAUGUUCUCAAACCUGCACAGGAAAAGGUGAAAGAGGGAAAGAUUUUUGAUGAUGUAUCCAGUGGGGUAUCUCAUUUGGCAACUAAGGGGGUUGGCAGCAAAGGAUGGAAAGAUGUCACUACCUUCUUUUCAGGAAAAACAGAUGAACCCUCAGAAAGACCACCUGAAGGUGAUAGUUACCAGAACAGUGGAGGAGGACACUACCAGAACAGUGCUAUAGAUCAGAAUUUCUGGGAAACUUUUGGAAACUCAGAUCUCCCCAAGACCCACAAAUCACCUAGCAGUGACAGCUGGACAUAUGCGGACAAUUCCACAGAGAAGAAGAGCUCAGAUAGCUGGGAUAUCUGGGGCUCAGGAACUGUCUCCAACAACAAAAACAGUAAUAACAGUGACAGCUGGGAGAAUUGGGAAACCAACUGGGAAAGUGCUGGAGGGGAGGGCAAAACUACCAAGGCUCCAAAGAAGGUGGCCAAAGCAGCAGCAUCCUCUGAUGAAGGGUGGGACAACCAGAACUGGUAGACACAACCUUGGCCACUGGUGGAGAGAAGUCCCCUGAUGGUUAUAGGUCAUUUCGUGCUUAGUCAUCAUUUCUCCCAACAUGUGUUUUACUUGAGGCAAAAUAACUCACGAAACAAAGUGACAUUCUCUUUGGUGAUUUAGCACCGCCAUUGCUCUCCAGUCAUCAAAGCUGAUAGCAGGCACCUAAGCUUCCCCGGGCCACCAUUUGAAGCCAGAUAACUUUCUUCAGGUGUCCUGCCCCAGAAACAUCCAGUUCAAGUGCAAGCACGUUCUUGUGGCCCCGUACUGCAUGUGCAAUUUUUCUAGAAUUUCCUGUGCAGCCUUCAUUCUAAUGAUGUUUUAGAGAGAGUCCAAGACAGGAUGAUGUUUUCAAGGGGCAACAGAAAGAACUGCAAUUUUUGAAUGCAGAAUGAAAGAUAUUCAUUGAAAUGACAGUAAAUAAAGCAUCUUCCUGAAUCGUAGAGGACUGAAUGAAAUGAUGUGAAAU